AGUCGCAUUUCCGCAUGCCUCCGAGAGCGAAGAAGAGGAGGAUUUUUCGGUAAAGGCGGGCAGGAGAGAGACAGCAGUUUCUCCUUUGUCUUGACGCGAGGAGGGGAGCUCACCGGUCGUCUCCCGAGAAAACUCGUGACAUUGCAUUUUCCUGAUGCCUUUCUGCCCAAUUGACAGUGUCUGCUUUUUCCUCGUGAGACGCGUGUUUUCUUUGCCUCUCCCUAUUCGCUUUGGGCUCCUCUUUUCCUCCGGUUUUCUGUCUGUUGCUGAAACAUAGCUCGCUGGCGGUCCACGGACUUCCUCUGAAGUGGAAGAAAACUGUGAGUUCAACUGAAUUUCGCUCUCCGUUUUUCUCCCUCAUCCUUUGCCAGUUCGUUGUCUCUCUCUUCUUUUUCACCUUCGAAAACUGCUUUCGCCCUCCUCUUCCGUCUUCCCCGUCUUCUGCUUGCGUCUCCUCAGAGGCCCGCUGCGCCUUCACUCCCCUCCCUUCGUUCCCCUGUCUCCCCGACCGUGAAGUCUUUGAUUUCUUUUCGCUUCCUUCUCCUUACAAAUGUCACAUUGCCUUGACUGUGUGUGUCGGUUUUCUCCUUCGCUCCUUUCUUUCUCGGUGCAUUUUUCUCUAUCUUUCUCUGACUUUCCAGAUGGCUUCUGCUUUGCGCAGCGCGUUUGACGAGCUGCUUUCUCAGGGGGAGUUCGCCUUCGAGGAUACACCUCAGGAGACCGCGCGGCGUUCGCUUGUUCCUCAGAGAGGCGAAGUUUGCAACGGAGGGUCCUUGGCUGUCCAGGAAGACACCUGCAGUCCUCGUCUUUUUGCAGAAGACGAGGGCGCUGGGUGGACAGAUGAAGUUCGCGACAGAGGAAGACAAAGAAGUCCGCGACGCCUCCAGCCUGCCUCGCCGUUUCCUCCCGCGCAAGCGCCUUGCCGCGACACGCUUGGGGCUUCGGGUGUGCGUACACCCAACGCGGAAGCAAAUGAAGCGCGCGGCGCCGCUUCCAGGAAGCGCGAGAGACUCCACGAGAUGUCGGCUUCUUCCUCGAGAGACGAAUUCGAAGAGGACGUGGACGGAGGAAGAGCGCCUCGAGGCGAACAACGCAGACGGCCUCUCGAGAAAGCUGAGGGUCGAGCAACCGAAGGGAGGCCGUCCUCCAUCGGAGUCUCUUCGCCUGCCGACCGGGGCGCGUUCCUCAGAGGAAGGCGGCAUUCCUCUCAAAGAGAAUGGGGAGAAGCGACGCAGAGGACAGGCAGCGGGGAUGACAGAGAAAACGAAGAGGAAGGAGACAGGGGCCAGGACGAUGUUCUGCGGAUUCUUGUCGCGACCGACACGCACCUCGGCUACAAGGCAGACGACAGCGAGCGCGGAGGAGACAGUUUUGAAACGUUUCAAGAGAUUCUGGAAAUUGGAAGAAAUCUGAAAGUCGACUUCCUUCUCCAUGGCGGCGACUUGUUCGAUGAGAAUCGGCCGUCUCGAGCGACGUUAUACCGUACAUUUUGCCUGCUGAGGAAGUUCUGUUUCGGCGACGGCGCAGUCAGUUUCGAGGUGCUGGAAGGUGCCGCCGAGAGCAGAGGGCGUGGAGAACAGAGUCCACGAGACAGCGAGAGAGAGCUCGGGGAGAAACGCGGCAAGAAAGUCGACGGCUUCCGAUUCGGACUCAACUACCUGGAUGAAAACAUCAAUGUCUGCAUGCCGAUCUUCGCCAUGCACGGAAACCAUGACGACCCGGGGGAACAAUCCCACCUGUCGCCUCUCGAUUUGCUGGAAGCGGCGCAUCUGAUCAACUACUUCGGGCGGUGUGACGCUACAGACGAAGUGACCAUUAAACCGAUUCUCAUCAAAAAAGGCCAAACCAAGGUUGCAAUUUACGGUGUGGGGUGGAUUCGAGACGCCAGACUGCAUCGAGCCUUCAACAACGGAAAGGUUCGCUUUCUGGUGCCUUCUGCAUCCGCCGGCGAGGACUCGGUCGACGACUGGUUUAACAUCAUGGUGGUGCACCAAAACAUGUACAAGGGAGCCUUUGGAGGCCAGCCUGCGAAGAACUGCAUCCACGAACAAAUGCUUCCAGAUUUUCUGGACCUCGCCAUUUGGGGUCACGAACACGACUGCCACCUCGACUUGCGUGACGCGCCGCAAGGCACCUUUCGAGUUCUCCAGCCGGGGUCGUCGAUCGCGACUUCUCUCGUUGCCGGCGAAGCGUUGCCCAAGCACGUAUUUCUCUUGGAAAUUCGAGGCGAGAAUUACCGAGUGACUCCGCAGCGACUCCGGACAGUUCGUCCACUCCUUUUCGAGGACGUAGCCCUCUCAGACUUGCUCCACUCGCGGCCGCCGCUCGCGCCUGCGCUCUCGGGCGUACGGACUCCCCAGUCGCGAGUGUCGAACAGCGGAGCGGGGCGGAACCUGCAAACGGCUCAGCCUGCAGAAGAUCGAGACGUUUGGCAGCUUCUCACCGAUGCGGUUGAGGAACUUCUUUCUCGCUUCGCUCGUGAAAACCCAGAGAGUGAGCAAGACGGAGAACAAGGAGAAGCAAGUGUUGGAGGUGGAGCACGACAGCGGAAGGGAGGUCGAUCGAACGGUGGAGGGAGCAGGGAGACGAAGGCCGAAGAAGAAGAAGAAGCGUUCGAACUCUUUUGUAAUUACUCCACGAAGGAGAAGAAGAAACUUCCCUUGGUUCGUCUCCGAGUUGAACAUUCCGGAUUUUCCACCAUCAGCACCUCGCGCUUCGGCGCCCAGUUUGUCGGCCGAGUCGCCAACCCGGGCGACCUCCUCCAUUUUUACCGGAAACGGGCAUCCGCGAAUCACGCUCCAGGAGAGAAGCCGAGCCAGAGACUACCCGAUUUAGAAAUCGAAGAAAUUGCUGGCAACGAAACGUCGGAGAUUCGAGACAUUAUCUUCCACUUCCUCGAGGAAACAAACACCCUUGACUUGCUACCCGAACCGGAUUUCAAUGUGGCUGUCCAGGAUUUCGUUGUGAAAAUGGAUACCAAUGCCAUUGCGGCUUUCAUCGAUCGCAACGUGCAGGCCGCGAGGCGAGAAGCGAAGAUGAAACUGCGAGACGUUGCGCCAGACGCCUCAAAAGACGUGGAACCUGCAGAUGUGCAUGCACUCAUUGUGGAACGGACUCGAAGCAUCCGGGAGAAGCGGAUUCUCCAUGGUUUUCCGGACGACGAAGAACUUCUUGAGAGGGAGAGCAGUGCGCAGAAUCAAGAGCCUCGCCAACGCAGCACCCGUCAGGCGGGAGAAGCUGCACGAGAAGAGGAAGACGACUUUGCUGCAGACACUCUCGACACCAGACAUCUCCCUGAACGAAACGCAAGGCGCCAUGACGGCGAGACCGGUUUCUCUGACGACCACGAGUGGCAGGCGAGAGAGACGGAUUCUGACUUCUCAGACGAGGCUGGGAUUGCCUCUCGCGGCGGAAGAGGAAGUGGAUCGCAGUGGACGAGAAGAGGCCUCUCAACUCGUGGGGAGCAGACGCGCGGCGGGAAAGGCUUGUCUCUCGCAGCGAGUCAUCCCAGGGAGGAGACUUCUGUAGAAGCUUCAUGCCCUCAGCGCGGGCGGCGAGGCCGCGGCCGAGGCCACAACGCCGAAAAUCCAAGACGAGUGCGCGCUGGAAAGGCACAAAGUCGAGGUGACAGCGAAGACGACAGAGGCGCCCCUGGAGUGAGGAGAAAGGGACGAGUUUCAGGCUCGGGCUUUCGCGAAGAACAAGAAGACAGAAACGGAGAGGCAGACGGAAACCAGAGUCUCGCAAGGAGUUCGAGGUCAAGCCUGCGCGGUAGCAGCGACCGUGAGAAGCCGAUGAGUCAGCUGUCUGUGAAGAGGAAAGGAGCCUUUGGUGGCCUGUCUUCAGAGCCGAAACGACAACAAGCAGAUCUCCGGGCGUUUUUCCGACAUUCCCAAGUCGUUUCUUCUCCAGCUUCUGCUCAACCCCGUGGCCCGCAUGCAAACUCCGGGGGUGGCACCUCGCUCUCCCGCGUGCAUGCAACGGCUUCUGAGGGGGGGGGAAACGAGGAAGAGACUCCGAAUCCCCGGGUUGUUUCCUCUCGUCCUGGAGCAGAAACUGCUCUGUCUCAUGGAGUGGGUGCGUGUAGAGAGCUGACAAGCGUGUUUCCGGAAAGAGAAGGACGAGAAAUGAAACGCGGUGACGGAAAUCGAACUGCGAUGGCUGGAGGCUACUCUGUGGGGACUCAAGAAUUCACACGCAAGAGGCGAAGCAGCGUUGUGUCUGAGGAAGAGUGCCGACGAAAGGAGGAAGAAAGCAUGAUGGAUGAUGAAGAGGAAGACGAUGUCAUUCUUUCAUCUCUCGGCAGAGCCGCGGACUCGGCGUUCCGUAGAGGCGCGGACUGCAUUUCUUCCUCGUGGUCUCGGCGACGCUAAGGAGCUUCCCUGCGUCUUUUUCCGGUCUUUUGGAGCUUUACAGAGUGUUGCACGGGCCACAGUUGUCGCACAUUGCUUUUUUCAGUGGUCACAAAUUGUGUCAAUCGAUUUUUAUAGAGACUGUGCUGAGCCGAUUUGUCAUUACCUUUUCAUAUGGUACUUCUGAAGCCUAUGGGCGAUAGACCGUGCACGGAUCUAUAGAAGUCGAGACACUAAUUUCACAGGAUUCAGGAAAGCAAAGAGUUCUGUCGAUAGCAGCAUACGGCAACAGCAAGGCGUUG